AUGGGCUGCAAUAUUUCCAACAGGGUUGCUGUCACCCAGCUGUCUUCUGAGGAGCUGCAGAACCACCAGGAAGCCAAAAGCCAGACUAAAAAUGACAGCAUUGCUGGAACAGAGGCUGCCCCCUCACAGGAUGGGGCAGCUUGGCCAAUGGGCCCUUCAAAGGAUGGAGCCAAACUUGAAGAGGAGACCAGUGAGGGAGACUCCCCUGACGAACUACUAGAAAGAUUUACAUCUUCUCAGAAAAGCAGCAAUGCACAAAGCACAGACACACCACUCACCAGUGAGUUCAGUAAAUCAUGGCCCUUACGGGAAACAGAGAGGCAAAACUCAUCAGACAUUCUUGAGGAGCUGAAGACACAGGGAAUAAUCAAGAGCCAAAGUACUACUGCCAGGACUGGAGAAGUGUAUGAAAACAAGAGAGAUGUCCUGGAAAAGACACUGAAGAGACCACCAGCUAGGCUGGAAAAAAUUCUGUUUGGAAACAAGGAAGUGAGUGAUUUUACAGUGAAGGACGUGAAGACUCCUUCUGAAGUGAAAAAACAGGUUAGGGAAGAGGAACUGAACAAAAUGCCACAACACAUCACAUUUUUUCCAGCAACUGCCCACCAAACUACAGGGAAACAGACUGAAAAGGACUGCUCAAGUUCUGAAAGUCAAGGAAGUACAGACACCCCUCAGCCCUCACUUUUAGACAGUGAGCCAGGGGUGCAGCUUAAGGAAAUAACUGCAGUAGAAGCCACAAACAAUUAUACUGAGGACUCUGUCAUCAAGUCUGAAACUUACAACUGCAUCAAUGAAACAAUCUGGAUCUAA